AUGGCUGCUCAGGUCGCGACACAGCAACAGCAGCCGUCGCCGGCACAACAGACCUCUUCCUCGACCUCCGCCACUCGAGGAUCCUCUCGCUCUCGUCGCUCGCAUCGCGGGCGCGGCCGAGGGGGACAGAACGGUGCGCAGGGACCCUCAAGAACGGAUGCGGCUGGCGGCGAGCAUGUCGAGGCUGUGGCGGAUGAGCGCGGGGCUUCAUCAGUCAGACGAGGAGGAGGUCGAGGUGGACGAGGGGGAGGUCGUGGAGGUCGAGGCGGGUCGCGAAGAGGUGGACAGAACGCAUCAGGAGUUGGCGCACCUCGUCCUACGGGACAAGGCCGGCGCGCUCGCUUCGAUGCGACCCUCUCUUCCUCCUCGGCAGGUCUUCAUGCGUCGGCCGCACCUUUCGUCCCGCCUUCUUCCUCCUCCACACCCGCAUCCGGCACGUCGACUCCUCCCGCCCCGGCACCCGUCAAUCAGACCCUCGUCGAGCGACUGACAGCCGAGAUCUCGUCUGGCGAAGCCGAAUGCACCGUCUGCUUCGACACGAUCUCUCGCACGGCGCGGAUCUACUCCUGCACAGAAUGCCACAUGCCUUUUCAUCUCUCGUGCAUCACCAAAUGGGCCUCGACAGCCGUCUCUGCCUCAGCCGAACGCGCACAACUCCUCGCAUCCCGCCAGACGGACGCCCGAAACCCGCCCGAUCCAGCCUCGCUCGAAGGACACUGGGCCUGCCCGAACUGCAACACCAACUUCAAGCCAGCCGACGUCCCGAGCAAGUACUUCUGCUUCUGUCGCCGAUACGUCGAUCCCCAUUCUCGUCCUCCCGCCAUCCCUCAUUCGUGCGGCAAACCCUGUGCGAAACCGCGUCCGGCGGGUUGUCGACACCCUUGCUCGCUUUCGUGCCACCCCGGACCGUGCCCGCCUUGUCCUGUCGUCCUGAACGAGAAGUGCCAUUGCGGUCGCCGGACGCUCGGGUUGAGGUGUUCGGCGCUGCAUGAUGGGAAGAAGGACACGGAGGAGCGGCGGGCGGCGAAGGAGGCGCUCAAGUCGUGCGGAGAGACGCACGAUGCGCUUCUUAGCUGCGGCUUGCACCGGUGCGAGAAGAGCUGUCACGAGGGCGAGUGCGGCGAGUGCGAGGCCGUGCGGAUCAAGAGGUGUUUCUGCGGGAGGGACGAGACGGAGGGCUUGUGCGGAGCGACGAGGCCGGACGAGCGGAUUGACGGGUGCAGGAUGCCUGGCGAUCCGGCGCAGGAGGUCUGGACGGGCGAGUUUGCCUGCUCGUCGCGCUGCAACGCCCUCUUCGACUGCGGCAAGCAUCGCUGCGAGGAGACUUGCCACCCUCACACCUCGACGACUCCGCCUCACUGCCCUUUCUCGCCCGACGUCGUCACUACCUGCCCAUGCGGCCAGACCUCCCUCUCGACUCUCCUUCCUUCCCCUCGCUCCUCCUGUACCGACCGCAUCCCGACCUGCGCCAAAACUUGCUCGAAAACUCUCGACUGCGGCCACGCCUGCCGCCAAACCUGCCACGACGGACCCUGCCCUCCCUGCCGCGAGACCGUCCCGCUCGUCUGCCGCUGCGGCUCGACGAAGACGACCCGACUCUGCGGCGAGCCCUACCUCGCCACACGCGUCGACCCCGACUCGGGCGAAGUCGUCACGACCGACGAGUUUCUCUGCGCGCGAGUCUGCAAGGCGCAGAAAUGGUGUGGGCGGCAUCAGUGCGGGAGGACGUGUUGUCCGCUUGCGUACCAGGAGGCCUUAAUGGCGGGCAAGGGCAAGGGGAAGAAGAGGGCUGUAACAUUGCAGGAGAGUCUUGCGGAGCAGGAGGCGCAGGAUCCGCUCGGUCUGCAUCUCUGCGACCGGGUAUGCGGGAGGAAGCUGAACUGCGGCAUUCACAAUUGCGAGCUCAAGGACCACCGUGGCGCCUGCCCGCCUUGCUUGCGAGCCGAUUUCGACGAACUCGUCUGCAACUGCGGCUCGACCGUCGUCCUCCCACCCAUCCCCUGCAACUUCGUCAUUGACUGCCGACACCCUUGCAUCCGUCCCUCCGAGUGCGGCCACCCUCGCCUCCCGCACGCCUGCCACGAGGACCCGCAGUGCCCUCCCUGCCCCUACCUGACGGUCAAGCGGUGCGCAUGCGGCAAGCGCGAAAUCCCAAACGUCCGAUGCGCGACCGACGAGAAGAAGGUUAGCUGCGGCAUGGUCUGCGGCAAGCUUCUUCGCUGCGGCGGUCAUCGCUGCCGCAAGUCGUGCCAUCCGCCCGGCGAGUGCGAGGCGGUCGACGACCAGGUGUGCCUCAAGCCGAGGAAGCAUUGCGGUCACCCUUGUCCCCUUCCCUGCCACUUCCCCUCCGCCUGCCCCGCCGAUACGCCCUGCCCGAAGCUCAUCCCCGUGCACUGCGCCUGCGGACACAUCACCCAAAACGCUCGCUGCGGAGCGUGCGACGACAAGCCCGAAGGAAAUGAAGGCCGUCUCCUCAAGUGUACCGACGCUUGCGCAAUCGCCAAGCGCAAUGCUCAGCUCGCCGAGGCACUCGGCGUCGAGAAGCGCGAGAUCAAGACGAAGGAGGUGGAGUACUCGCCCGAGUUGCUCAGUUUCUUCGCGGCGAACCAGGCGUCGGCGCAGCAGAUCGAGACGCAGCUCGUCGAGUUCGUCAAAAGCGACAAGCCGAGCUUGCACUUCCCCGUCAUGAAGCGACCUCAGCGCGUGUUCAUCCACGAGCUCACCGACCACUACGACUUGCGCUCGGAAUCGCUCGAUGAGGAGCCGCGUCGCUCGGUCGUCGCGCAUCGCACCUCGACUUCCGGCAUCCCUUCGCCAACUCUCGCCGAAGCCCUCGCAGCGACGAAGAAGCCGGCGAGCGCGACCCUCAGCCUCGGCAGCCUCCGGAGGGCGCUGCCGGAGAAGCGCAAGGAGAACGCGAUCUACCUCGAGGGCGUCCUUGGCUACGACGAAGAGAUGUUGUCCGACAUCCUUCGCCCGCACAUGCGCGGACUGAACUUUACCCUGACCUGGACUGACGAAGACGUCCUGGUCUCCUUCGACGCACCUGUGAUCGACCUCGACACGAAGCUCGCCUCCGUCGCCUCCGCUCUCCGCACCGUUAUCGCCGACACCGGAUUCUGCGUUUCCGCCGAGGCCGUUCACGUCGGCGACGAUGGGCGCAUCGCUCGUGGCUCCUGGACGCCCGUUCUCGGCUCGUCAUCCGCGCCAAUGAGCACGAAGGGUUCGUCGACCGGCUCGGCGAAUGCAUGGAGGAUGCCGCUAAAGACGGGCAACUCGUUCGCCUCGCUCAGCGCUGGCAAUAGUCCGCCUCGUGCACCGCAGCCCGUUGCGAACGCAUGGGGCAGUGUGAUCGGCAAUGGCCAUGCCAAGCCUCCUCGCGCCGUCUUCGCUCCCCGUGGUGAGGAAGAGCGAGCGCUCCCUUCCCUUUCGGCACCCACAUCGUCUGCGCCGUCUCGCAUACCCACGCCGAGCUUGCCGCCGCCGCCACCAGUCGCCCAGAAGGAUGAGGACGUGCCGGACGAAUGGGACGCGGACGUCGAGUAG